AUGGUUUACUUAACAAGGGGUGUGGUGGCCACAGGCCUUGCUCUCCUUGCGCAUUCCUCCGCCGUUACGGCUAAGGAAUCGAGCGCAAGCCCAAUUGUGGCAGAUGGUACUCACUUUGCUCUCAAUGGAAAGAAUGUUGCGUACCGCUUCCAUGUGGACAACACCACUGGUGACCUCCUAGGAGACCACUUUGGAGGCUCCGUCGGGGAUAAUAUCCCUCUGGAGGUCAUAGGCGACGUCAAUGGCUGGGUUAGUGAUAUUGGACGUGUACGCCGUGAGUUCCCAGACCAAGGCCGUGGGGAUUACCGGGUCCCUGCGAUUAGCAUUCGUCAGUCAGAAGGGUAUACCGUGUCUGAAUUUCGGUAUAAAUCGCACAAGAUUAUCCCUGGCAAGCCUGCUCUGCCUGGUUUGCCGGCCACCAUGGGCUCAGAAGAAGAUGUGAGCACCUUGGUCAUCAGUAUGUAUGACAAGUACAGUGAUGUUGCCGCGGACCUCUCCUACUCGAUUUUCCCCAAGCACGAUGCCAUUGUGCGCAGCGUGAAUGUCACGAACCACGGAACGGGAAAUAUCACAAUCGAAUCUCUGGCCAGUCUGAGCGUGGACUUGCCGUAUGAGGACCUGGACAUGAUUAAUCUUCGUGGAGAUUGGGCAAGGGAAGCGCAGCGCGAGAGGAGGAGCGUAGCAUACGGCCUCCAGAGCUUUGGAAGUUCCAAUGGCUACUCUGGUCACCUCCAUAACCCUUUCCUGGCAUUGACAGAGCCCUCCACCACCGAGUCUCAAGGAGAGGCAUGGGGAUUCUCGCUUGUGUACACCGGUUCAUUCACCGUCAACGUCGAGAAGGGCUCACAGGGUUUCACACGUGCCCUGAUGGGUUUCAACCCUAGCCAGCUCUCGUGGGUCCUGCCGCCCGGGGAGACUCUUACCUCCCCAGAGUGUGUUUCGGUAUACUCCAAGGAUGGCAUCGGUGGGAUGUCACGCUCCCUGCAUCGCUUGUACCGCAACCAUCUCAUCAAGAGCAAGUUUGCCACCAGUGACCGUCCCACCUUGCUGAACAGUUGGGAGGGACUGUAUUUUGAUUUCAACCAGAGUAGCAUCUACGACCUGGCAAAGGAAGCUGCUGGAGUAGGCGCCAAGCUCUUCGUUUUGGAUGAUGGCUGGUUCGGCAAGGAAUACCCACGUCUCUCCGACAACGCCGGACUCGGCGACUGGGUCCCAAACCCAGACCGGUUCCCAGACGGCCUGGAGCCCCUUGUGAAGAAGAUCACGGACCUGAAAGCCGCCAACACAUCAACGAACAUGCGCUUCGGUAUCUGGUUCGAGCCGGAAAUGGUCAACCCGAACUCGACUCUGUAUGACGAGCACCCGGACUGGGCCUUGCACGCAGGACCCUACCCUCGCACUGAAGCUCGCAACCAGCUCGUGUUGAACCUCGCUCUUCCUGAAGUCCAAGACUACAUCAUCAAGUCCGUCUCAGACGUUCUCAAGAGUGCCGAUAUUAGUUACGUCAAGUGGGAUAACAACAGGGGCAUCAACGAGACGCCUUCCCCAGCCACAGGUCACGCCUACAUGCUCGGCAUGUACCGCGUAUUCAAUGAACUCACGACCCAGUUCCCCGAUGUUCUCUGGGAGGGUUGCGCGUCAGGCGGAGGCCGUUUCGACCCUGGUGUUCUGCAGUACUUCCCGCAGAUCUGGACAUCCGACAACACAGACGCCAUCGAUCGCAUCUCCAUUCAGCUUGGUACUUCGCUCGCCUACCCGCCCAGCGCGAUGGGUGCUCACCUGUCCGAAGUGCCAAACCACCAGACUGGACGCACAGUGCCCGUGGCUGUUCGAGGACACGUUGCGAUGAUGGGCGGUUCGUUUGGCUUGGAGCUCAAUCCGGCUGUAAUGGACGAGGAGGACAAGGCGGCUGUUCCGGGGCUCGUUGCUCUCGCUGAGAAGGUGAACCCCAUCAUUCUCAAUGGUGAUAUGUGGCGAUUGAACCUUCCGGAGGACUCGAAUUGGCCUGCUGUCUUGUUCAUCGCUGAGGACGCUCAGAAGGCUGUUUUGUUUGUCUUCCAGGUCGCUCCGAACGUUAACCAUUCAUGGCCGCGCAUUAAGUUGCAGGGAUUGGAUCCGCAGGCUUCCUACAAGGUUGAUGAGGGUGUGGUUUACACCGGUGCCACCUUGAUGAAUAUUGGUCUGCAAUUCGCCUUCAAAGGUGACUAUGGCAGUCAAGUUGUGAUGUUGGAGAAGCAAUAG